CACCUCCCCCAGACUGUGGUUUGUUACUGGUCCUGAGCUCACGAUGUUUGUUGGCUUUCUCUCUAUGUUCCUCCUCACAGCCGUAGAUGUGGGGUCCUCUGAGAAAGUGUGUACUUAUCAAGACGUUUUAAACCACCUGAACCUGACCAAAAACAAUGAGCUGUACUACAUGACCCGGCCCGUGAAAGACUACAAACAGCCCACCAAGGUCUCCCUGGAUGUUCUGCUGUACGCCAUUCUGGAUGUGAGAGAGACUGACCAGACGUUUAUUCCUUAUGUUUGGGUUUUUAUGUCCUGGGUAAAUCAACACAUCUCAUGGACUCCUAGUGAAUUUUGCGGUAUUAAUAUGGUGUCCCUUCCUUCUGACGUUUUAUGGAAGCCAGAUCUCACCAUUGAGGAGAUGACGGAGAAGGACAAAGCUCCCCCCUGUCCUCUACUCACUAUCCGCAGUAACGGUGAGGUCUAUGUUCAGGAUGACCAGGUGCUGGUCAGCACAUGCAGGAUGCACGUCUACAAAUUCCCCUUUGACACUCAGAGCUGCACCCUCUCAUUCAAAUCUGUCAUCCACACUGUGCAGGAAAUACAGCUUUUUUACAACGCCAGCUCCUCAGAGGCCACAGAGGAAUCUCGUGAGGUGAUGCGAACCCAGUACGAGUGGCUGUUCAUCAACAUGACUGUCGCCAACAAAACUGUCGACACGUUUGGCCUUAAACAGGAUGUGAUCAUCUACACUGUAAGCAUGAUAUAUUUCCAGUUACUUCUGAUGUCAUGGCGGAACUUGGAGAAUAAAAGCUCAACCGUCUCCAUUAAAAACAUGGUCUCACAGAUAAACAUGAAGAGGAGGCCCAUCCUCUACAUUGUGAACUUCUUGCUGCCUGUCCUGUUCUUCCUGUGCCUGGACUUGGCCUCCUUCCUGAUCUCUGACAGCGGUGGCGAGAAGCUGAGCUACAAGGUCACAGUGCUGCUCGCUGUUACCGUGUUACAACUUAUUCUGAAUGACAUCCUGCCUUCAUCAUCAAACAGGAUUCCACUUAUAGCUGUCUACUGCAUUGGGGUUUUUGCUCUGAUGAUGCUCAGCCUCCUGGAGACGAUUCUGGUGAUGUAUCUGAUGGAGAAAGACAACGCCCCACAAGAUGACCAAACAGACAAAGAUCACAAGCAGAGUGAGGCCUGUGAGGACAAACGUGAUAAAAACAACUGUGAAGGAGACAGGGAAUGGAGAAAGUGUUUGCGUGUCUGUGAUACAUCUGCUGAUGAAACACCAACGGAACUGCUGAAGGUCAGCAGCAGCCACAUGAUGGAGGAGUCCCGCACCAUCCAAAAACUCUCCGAUGACCUGAGGGAGACACUGAACACACUGACGCUGCUCCUCAACAGCAGGCAAGGAGAAAGAAAAACCGGCUACUGGACCAGGAAAACUAAAACAAUCAACACAGUUUUCUUCAUUUUCUAUGUCUCAGCUUCCAGUCUGUUUCUGCUGUGUAUGUUCUUCCACUGGAAUGGAGCACAUUAAUCAUAAUAACGCAUAUGAUUGCAAUAUAGUCCAAUUUAGCUAUAAUAAAGGAAAACUUAAUUAUCAUAGGAAACUCCACCCUAGAAACCCUGUGCACACUUGGAUCCAUCAUUUUAGUUGGUGUAUGGUGUCCGAUGUAUCUGGCAAUUUGUAUGAACCAGUAAAACUAGUUUUGCAUCUCAAAAUACUGAUUUAAUAUGUUUUUAGUUGGUAAAUAAAUCUAAAUUUUAUCAAGAUAGUUGACAAAUAGUCACUUUAUGGUAGGACUGAUAUCAUUAGUAAAGAUUUACUCCUUACUCUAAAGAAGAAGUUCUCACAGUUAGUAGUUACUUAGGUGGCAUUGAGGGUUCACACAGCGUGUUACAAUACAUAAAGAAGAAACUAAAGCAUAUGAAACAAAAAAAGGGGGUGCCAGAGUGAGCACAUGUGUCAUAUAUGCUCUCCGAGGUUGCAUAUAGGCAUGCUGUCCUUGAUGUUCUUGUUCUUCAGUGAUUAUAAAACAUUUGUUCACAUUCAAUAUUAGUCUCUCACCGGAUGAGAAAAAAACAAGGACAACUAAAUGUGAACAUUUGUGAGUGGUUAUUCUGUAGAUUAUGUCUUCUGUCCACAGUAUACAUUCUAUACUAAAGGUUGAUAUCUUUAAU